UGCCCUGGAGAAGGAUACACAGAGGAACAGAUCCCAGUGCGGUGGAGGUCCCGGUAGCUGCCGGCUUGUUGAAGUGCGUGCGGCGCCAUGAGCCAGCGGCAGGUGCUGCAAGUGUUCGAGCAGUACCAGAAGGCCCGGGCGCAGUUCGUGCAGAUGGUGGCGGAGCUGGCGACUAGACCCCAGAACAUCGAGACGCUGCAGAAUGCAGGUGUAAUGUCUUUGCUGAGGCCGCUUCUUCUGGAUGUGGUCCCAACAAUUCAACAGACUGCUGCUUUGGCUCUGGGGAGACUGGCCAAUUACAAUGAUGACUUAGCAGAAGCAGUUGUGAAAGGUGACAUUCUUCCUCAGCUUGUUUAUUCAUUGGCAGAACAAAAUCGUUUCUACAAGAAAGCAGCAGCCUUUGUGCUGAGAGCAGUUGGCAAACAUUCCCCUCAGCUGGCCCAGGCCAUCGUUGACUGUGGAGCUCUCGACACUCUGGUGAUAUGCUUGGAGGAUUUUGACCCUGGAGUCAAGGAGGCGGCGGCCUGGGCACUUGGAUAUAUCGCAAGACAUAAUACAGAAUUAUCUCAAGCUGUGGUGGAUGCAGGGGCAAUCCCUCUUUUAGUUCUGUGUAUCCAAGAGCCGGAAAUUGCCUUGAAAAGGAUCGCUGCCUCCACCCUCAGUGACAUCUCAAAGCACUCUCCAGAGCUGGCCCAGACAGUGGUGGAUGCAGGAGCCAUUGCCCACUUAGCCCAGAUGAUCCUCAACCCUGAUGCAAAACUGAAGCGUCAGGUCCUUUCAGCGCUCAGUCAGAUUGCAAAGCAUUCUGUGGAUCUGGCAGAGAUGGUUGUUGAAGCGGAGAUUUUCCCUGUUGUGCUCACCUGCCUGAAGGACAAAGAUGAAUACGUGAAGAAAAACACUUGUACUUUAAUUAGAGAGAUCGCCAAACACACGCCUGAGCUUUCACAGCUGAUUGUUAAUGCAGGAGGCGUGGCCGCAGUGAUCGACUGCGUUGGGUCCUGCAAAGGAAACAUCCGGCUGCCUGGCAUCAUGAUGCUGGGUUACGUAGCUGCUCAUUCUGAGAACCUGGCCAUGGCUGUGAUCAUCUCCAAGGGCGUGCCCCAGCUGUCAAUCUGCCUGUCAGAAGAACCAGAAGAUCACAUUAAGGCUGCUGCCGCCUGGGCCUUAGGGCAGCUGGGAAGACACACUCCAGAGCACGCCAGGGCUGUCGCCGUCACAAACACCCUGCCAGUUCUGCUUUCUUUGUACAUGUCACCGGAGAGCUCUGAGGACCUGCAGGUGAAAAGUAAAAAAGCCAUAAAGAAUAUCCUUCAAAAGUGCACCUACCUCCCAGCCCUUGAGCCGUUCCUGUACGAUGCUCCUCCCAACAUCCUGAAGCACGUUGUCGGGCAGUUCAGUAAGGUGCUACCACACGACAGCAAAGCCCGACGCCUUUUCGUGACAAGUGGCGGACUUAAAAAAGUCCAGGAGAUAAAGGCAGAGCCUGGCUCUCUCCUGCAGGAGUACAUCAACAGCAUCAACAAUUGCUACCCAGAGGAAAUCGUAAGGUACUACUCACCUGGGUACUCAGACACACUUCUGCAGAGGGUGGACAGCUACCAGCCACUUCCCAACUGAACAGAGCACGUUUGAUUUUCCUCGGUUUCCCAGCAGAGUAUGAAUAAUGAUUGCUAAAAUUCUUUGAAAGUGCAUUCUAGCUCUAUUCAAUGUGAUAUACUUUUAGAUAAUUUUUUCUAAAUGUAUGUAAUAGUUUAAGAAUUAGUAGCUAGAAUAUAUGAAGAACUUGCUAUAGUCAUUUGCAUGCAUAGGAAUUACUCUAAAUACAGACUUAAAAAGACAUUAAAAGGUUUAAAACAUUUGUGAUUGUCCUGCUGAAAACCAAAUACAAGUAGUACAAACGUAGCCUCCAACUAGAUGAGGAAUGCUGUUCAGCAACACUUAGACCAUUUUGGCCAUUUCUUCAUACGCGUCGGCAAGGAAAACUCACCUUUCAAGUUACAUAGAAGCAUCUGGAAGGAAAACAGCUGAAAGGUGAACCUGAUGACAGGCCAUACAAGCCCUGUAGGAGGUUCUGAUGCCGGUCAGAGCCGCACAGAACUAAUGCAGCAGCUAUGACAGCCUGUUAAAUUUUCUAAGAAUUUCUGCACAUUCUCCUCAUUCUCGCCGGUGUUGAAACUCUUCUCCCUCACUCUACCUGAAGGGUUCCAAGCAUUACACUCUGAUGUCUGUGCUCUCCAUUCCUCUUGAGAGGCUUCUUAUUCAUGAUCUGUACUCAUGGAACAUUGGCCUCCAGUGUUCCCUUGUCCUGGGUUCACUUUACCAAACUUCAGAAGUCAUGUUUUCAGACGAAAUCUGACUGGUAUACAUCAGACUCGAACUUUGUAUUCAUUUUAUAUUGGAUGUAGUAUGGGGUCAAAGAAGAUUUCAAUAAAAUGUUGCAAACA